AUGGCUGAGACUGUCGGAGUGGUCGCCGCCGCCCUUGAGUUCGGAAAGACCGUCUUGGAGCUGAAGCAGCUCUACUCCUCCAUCAAAAAUGCGCCGGAAGACUUGGCCGAGCUUCUGGAGGAACUAGAUCUCUUUGAGGAGAUCAUGCAGACGCUUGCCCAACAGGACGCCCUCAUCGCCAGCUAUGCUCCUCCCGCGGUGGUUCAGAGAUGCCGGCAGUCUUGCGAGAAGGCCGUGCAAAGCCUGAGACCGGUUUGCUCCGAGCUGUCGAAUUCCAUCAAACGAUGUCGUUGGCGCGGCUCUGUCAAAGUGGUUCUAAAGGACGACGUGAUGGAAAAGGCCAGACAGCGCAUUGAGAGGACUAGGGCCAACCUCUUGUUGGCUCAGACUGCCUCGUGGAAUGCGAUGAAUACCUUUCAUAUUGAACAACAUGCUCGCAUCCAUGCGUUGGUGCUCUCAACCUCCACAUCAUUGUUGGCCCAUCCGAGUAGCCGUCGCCGGGAUCAACCAGACCCAUCUGCCAGUCUACCAAGUUCAAACGAAGCCGACUCCGCAGAGUCAGAGAUCAGCGACCGGACCGUGACUCUGGCCGUGUCAGAAACAGGCUCCCGUCGCCUGAAGAUGAAACCCCAGAGGCGAACUUUACUGACCUUCCAAACCCUCCUCCUCGGGAAGAGGAUCGAACUGGUUCAAGAGCGAGCAGGCGGACCUUCAACCUUCAUCAUCAGACAGUACAACAUCCGGCCAUAUUCUGCACCAGUAUUUAAGUACGUAAAGAAUGGCAACAUUGCAGCUCUCCAGCAACUAUUUGAAACGAAGCAAGCUUCUAUCUUUGAUAGAGAUGAGGAUGGCUACACUCUGAUCCAUCGGGCUGUCAUGUUCGAGAAAGCAUCGAUGGUCCGAUUUCUUCUCAGACAAGGCGCCGAUCCUAACCAGACCCAGUCCAGGUAUGUCUUAUAG